CGGGUGCUGUUUUCCAGGCAGCUCUGCGGUCAUGGAUGUCUUCCAGAAGGUAGAGAAGAUUGGGGAGGGCACCUAUGGAGUGGUGUAUAAGGCAAAGAACAAGGAGACGGGGCAGCUUGUGGCCCUCAAGAAGAUCAGGCUGGAUUUGGAGACCGAGGGCGUCCCUAGCACCGCCAUCAGGGAGAUCUCCCUGCUCAAAGAGCUUAACCACCCCAACAUCGUCAGGCUACUGGACGUGGUACAUAGCGAGAAAAAGCUUUACCUCGUGUUUGAGUUCCUCAGCCAGGACCUGAAGAAGUACAUGGACUCCACCCCGGCCUCCGAGCUCCCCCUGCACCUAGUCAAGAGCUACCUCUUCCAGCUGCUUCAGGGGGUGAAUUUCUGCCAUUCUCAUCGGGUCAUCCACCGAGACCUGAAGCCCCAGAAUCUGCUCAUUAACGAGUUGGGAGCCAUCAAACUGGCAGACUUCGGGCUGGCUCGGGCCUUCGGGGUGCCCUUGCGUACCUACACCCACGAGGUGGUGACGCUGUGGUACCGCGCCCCCGAGAUCCUCUUGGGUAGCAAGUUCUAUUCGACCGCUGUGGACAUCUGGAGCAUCGGUUGCAUCUUUGCAGAGAUGGUAACUCGCAGAGCCUUGUUUCCUGGGGACUCGGAGAUUGACCAGCUCUUUCGUAUUUUCCGGACCCUGGGGACACCCAGUGAAGCCACGUGGCCAGGAGUCACCCAGCUGCCCGACUAUAAGGGCAGCUUUCCCAAGUGGACCAGGAAGGGGCUGGAGGAGAUUGUGUCCAAUCUGGAGCCAGAGGGCAAGGACCUGCUCACGCAACUCCUGCAGUACGACCCCAACCGGCGGAUCUCAGCCAAGGCGGCCCUCACCCACCCGUACUUCUCCGAGCCCUCCCCCGCCCCACGCCAGCGUGUGCUGGAGCGGUUUUGCCGUUGA